AUGACUUCUCACAUAUGGAAUAUGGAUACGUAUCCGGAUGAUGAAUCCGAAUAUCUCUUGGUUCCGAAUACGUAUUAUCCGAAUACUAAAAAGAUACGGAUAUUUACAACACUACUAAAUAUACUAAAUAAAGUUGAAAUAAAAUUACAGAAAAUGAUCAAGGGCGCAGUAAGUCUGGUUACCGGUGGAGCAUCAGGUUUAGGAAAAGCAACAGUAGAAAGAUUAGUAAAACAGGGCUCCAGGGUAGUAAUUUGUGACUUGCCUGCAUCUAAGGGCAAAGACCUUGCAGCAACUUUUGGUGAUGAUAAAGCUAUAUUUGCACCAGUAAAUGUAGUUUCAGAAGAUGAUGUAAAUAAUGCUUUGUCGUUAACAAAAGAAAAGUAUGGACGAUUAGAUAAUGUAGUUAAUUGUGCUGGUAUUGGAGUAGCUUUCAAAAUCUACAAUUUUAAUAAGAAAAAAGCACAUUCAUUGGAAGAUUUUAGUAAAGUAAUACAGGUGAAUACAAUUGGUACUUUCAACGUUAUUCGACUAUCUGUAGGACUGAUUGGUGAAAACCAACCAGAUGAACAAGGAUGUCGAGGAGUAGUGGUAAAUACUGCAAGUAUAGCAGCAUUUGAUGGUCAAAUGGGCCAGGCAGCAUACUCGGCUAGUAAAGGAGCUAUAGUUGGAAUGACUUUACCAAUUGCUAGAGAUUUAGCGGGACAGGGGAUCAGAGUUGUGACCAUUGCUCCAGGUUUGUUUAAAACUCCUUUGUUUGAAAAUUUGCCAGAAAAAGUAGUAGCAUUUUUGUCAAAAUCCGUACCAUUUCCACAAAGAUUAGGAAAUCCUGAUGAAUUUGCACAUUUGGUUCAGAGCAUUAUUGAAAAUCCAAUGUUAAAUGGAGAAGUUGUUAGACUAGAUGGGGCUCUCAGGAUGAUGCCAUAA